GUCGUGCAUUUAGUUUAACUAGUCUCGACCCUCAACAACUCUCACCGGACGAGACUUGAAGCCCGACGACCCGGCCCGGAUCCGGAGCCUUCUUCUGAGGCGGCAAUGGCAUGAUCACCGAACAUAUUGCCCCGUCGUCCUCCGUAUCUCCUCCUCCUCCUCCACCGACCUCUCCGCCGCUCCUUCAACGUCGAUGCACAGCUCCGCCGCGAGACGAGCUAAACGUGGCUCUCGGCCGCACCGAGGCUCCCGCGCCGACGGGAACUGGAGAAUCAAGCCUCCCGGCGGCGGCGGCGGCGACGACGGCGACGGCGGCGGCGGCGACUACCGUCGAUCGCGACUGGAGUCUCCCGAACCGGAGAUUGAUCACCAGUCUACCCCCUCUACUUCUCUGCAAGAGCCCCGGGGGUCCGGGAAUCCGCCGAGCCGCCGGUGGGCAGCGCCGCCUGAUCAGGCGAGAGCUCGAUCCGCCGAGAGCUCCGGCGCGGACCGGUCGGGACCGGAGCUGCCGAGCUCGUCGAGCUGCGAGGAGAGGGAGGUGAGCGGCGACGACGCGGUUAGGCUGGGGUCUGAUGAGAAGGUGGGCGGCGACGUGGCGGCAAAGGCGAGGGAAGCGAUGGAAGGGGAGAGUGAAGCGAGGGAGGUGAGUGGAGACGUGGACAGUGUUGUGGUGACGUUGGAGGAGUUGAGGUUGGGGAUGGAGGAGCCGGAGUUGGAGGAAGAGCAGCUGAAUGCCAACGAUCAAUUGCAGGAGGACGAGUUGCUUGUGAUGGAGUCAAUUUAUGGAGAUAAUGUCUUUAUCCUUGACAGAAGGCGGGGUUCUCGGUUUUUUAAGAUUUAUAUUGACGUCGAGGUUGCUAGCGAGAUUACUGUAAUUGCUAGGCUGAAUCCAUCCAAUGAUCUCACCGUCACAAGUGGCAAUUCAGAUGGCUUUUCUUACUCUUACAAAGUCCAGCACCUUCCUCCAAUUGUGCUGACAUGUCUAUUACCUAAGUCGUACCCCAGUCAUGUUCCUCCUUGCUUUACCAUCGCUGUCCAGUGGUUGGCUCCCAUUAAAAUUUCUAGUUUAUGCUCCAUGCUUGACUCUAUAUGGCAAGAACAACCAGGGCAGGAAGUUGUAUAUCGUUGGGUGGAAUGGCUGCAGAGCUCCUCACUUCCUUAUCUUGGAUUUGAUGAAAAAAUAGAUCUUGGUCCUUAUGGAGUAAGAGGAACUGGAGAUAAGCGUGCAAUUUCGGGAAGUGUCUCUCCCGACGUCGAUAUUCCCUCAAUUAGGAGUUAUAAUGAUGACAAGUGCCACGAGAACUUCUUGAAGAACUUGCAUGAAUGCUGUAUUUGUUUCAGCGAGUAUGCAGGGACGGAUUUCAUCAAAUUGCCAUGUCAGCAUUUCUUCUGCUGGAAUUGUAUGAAGACUUGUUCUGAUUUGCAUGUCAAGGAAGGAACAGUAUACAAGCUUCACUGUCUUGCUUCGAAAUGUGGGGGCAUGGUCCCACCUAGUUUGUUGAAACGGUUACUUGGUGAUGAAGAGCAUGACCGGUGGGAGUCUUUAAUGUUGCAAAAAUCCCUCGAUUCAAUGUCUGAUGUAGUAUACUGCCCCAGAUGUGAAACACCAUGUAUAGAGGAUGAAGAUCAACAUGCCCAAUGCUCAAAAUGCUUCUUUAGCUUUUGCACUCUUUGCAGGGAGAGGCGACAUGUAGGCGUUGAAUGUAUGACACCAGAAACAAAACUGCACAUCUUGCAGGAGCGCCAAAGUUCGUCCCAACUUAAGGAUGAACAAAAACGAUGGGAGCGUGAAUUAAUCAAUGAACUUUUAAGUGUCAAGGAAAUCAAUAAGAUUGCCAAACAAUGCCCCUCUUGUAAAAUGGCGAUCUCUCGAACUGAAGGUUGUAACAAGAUGGUAUGCGAAAAUUGUGGGCAGUACUUUUGUUAUUCCUGCAAUAAGGCAAUUGAUGGAUAUGAGCAUUUCAGGGAUGGAACAUGUGAACUAUUUCCGGAGCAAGAGAUUAGGCAAUGGCAAGAGCAAAUGAAUCCUCGCCAAUUGGUGGGUCAGGUUCAGGCUGAACUUUUUGCUAAUCACGGCCAGACAUGCCCCAGUUGUCGUCAGUUUAAUGCGAAGAUUGGCAACAACAACCACAUGUUCUGCUGGGCAUGUCAGACACACUACUGCUACCUAUGUAAGAAGAUUGUGAGGCGUGCUUCCGAGCACUACGGGCCCAAAGGAUGCAAGCAGCAUACUGCAGGAUAGGUACAAACAUGGACUAUGCGUAUGAGGCUAUCUUCAAAGAUGCAAAUGCUGCAUGUGCGGAAUGAUUAUUAAUUGAACUGCAUUCCUCGGUUUAAAUCGAUGAGAUCGGUUGAUCCUAUCUGGUGCAGUUUAUUUAAGUGAAUCCUCGGGAUAAUGAAAAAUUGUGGUGCUUGAAGUUGGACAAGAUCUCAUCUCUGCCAGAUUUUUCAAGGACAGCGAGUUCUUGCUUUUGAUUCUUGAACAGACUCGUGGAGUAUAUCCCAAAAUAAAAAUCAUAAAGAAUUAUAUGGAGCAAAGUAUGUAGGUUGCUUCCAGCUUUAUUCUCCACGGUGGGAGUGAGUGGUCGUAUAUUUUUGAGUGACAGAGUCAAUGGGUUGCUGAUUGGAACACAAGAAAUAAUGAUUUUCAAUGAUAUGUUCAUUUUGGAGAUUUGAUCUC